GUAAGUAUGAGGCCACGCUUGAAAAUGCCGAAACCUUACUGAGCCACUAAUGUGAAGGCAGAAACGAACGAUGCAGCAACAGUAGAUAUCGUAUCUUUACUAUCAACUGUAGUUAUCUACCUCUCAAUGGUGUUACAUCUUAUCUCACUAUAAAGGAGCACUUAAUCAGUUUUAUUGAUAAGCGAAGCGAGUUUGAUUUAAAAGCAAGCCACACGAACCCUCGGAAGCACACACAGUAAUCAGUCAGCAAGGUGAAGUUACAUUCCAGACCCGGAGACUCUCUCAGUUUGCCUAAAUCUAUCGGUUCGAAAUGGCACAAAAUGACAGGACGUACAAGGGGCCCAAAAAUACGACGGAAGAUAUAGACGAUUCCAGCUCAGUGACUGAAAAAAAAGUGCCAGUGACAGAUAGCAACCUCCUGAUAACGCCCCCGGUAGAUCACAUUCAGGAACGUUUCAGGCGAUAUUUCAAGCUGCUAGCAAGAAUCCAAGCGAUCGAGGAAAUGACGGGCUUAAAGAACAUUGUUCAAGGUGGAGCAUCGACGGGUCAAGACGUGCGUGGAACCCAGAAAUAUCAUGCGUGUCAUGUGCUUCGUGUAGGUGCAAUAAACUCGAAGCUGGCAGGGAAAAAUGAACGGUUGUUUAAAGCGUUAACAAAUUUCGUCGGCCACACCCAGUACACACUCGCGGAAGUUAACCGUUGGAACGGUAUUGGAGGAGCGAUCGAUCGAUUUCAGUCAGCAAAUCUCGGUGGGUUGGAUGGAAUUACCUACGGUGGGAAGGGGUAUGGUGCUACGGAAAAAAAGAAAAUACAAGAUAUGCUGGACGCAAUGCUCAAGAUAAUCGAGGAUCCUAAUCUCAAGCAUGGCGAAUAUGGCAUAAAAGCUAAAGAAUGGAUUAAGCAGCAUAAUUCUGACAAGGGAUUGAAAACGUUGUACGAGUAUAUGAGGAGUAAGUUUGAGGAAGUAAAAAAGGGAGAGUUUGUCAAGCAAUGGGGGAAAACCGUUGGCCGCUAAAAUAGCGAAAUGCCUUCGCAAAGUAGUGUAGAUGUAAUAACGUUAUUUUAUGAAACAA